UUGGUGUUCCCAGGGCUGCUGGAAUAAUAGGGCUGUGGGGGGUUCCUAACAACGAGUAGUGCCACCCCCUUGAUAGGUGUCACCAGCUGAGCUGGUAUAAAAUGGAGAGAGCAUGUGUGGCCCCCUCCUGGGUUGCUGAGGUAAACAAGCUGGUGUUGACCCCUUCCUUCUCUGCUAGCUUCUAACUGCAGCCUAGGCAGGCAAUCUUCACAAUUCCAGUUAAAAAGUACUCCUGCUGGCAGUGACUAGCUAUGAGCUCAUCUCACCUAAACAACGGACCUGAGACUCCCUUUCAAGCCUCAGAGGAGCAUGAACUGGAGGCAGUGGGGAAGAAAGCUUGGGAUAAUCCUGUUUACAAUGGCUCUCCCUCUACCUCCUUGAAGAUUCGAGCUAUCUACAACCCCAAGUCCAUCCUGGAGAAUCCCUAUGAGAACUUUGAAGAGGUGAGGGAUCCGCUGCCCUACCAGGAAAAGCAGAGCAAAGCUGUGGAUGGGAAGACAAGUCCUUUUCUCAAGUGCUGUUUCUACAUCUUCAGAGGCAUUCGAGGUCUGUGGGGCACUACACUGACUGAGAACACAGCUGAAAACAGAGAGCUUUACGUGAAGACCACACUGCGAGAGCUGCUUGUUUAUAUUUUGUUCUUGGUGGACAUCUGUCUACUGACAUAUGGAAUGACAAGUUCCAAUGCCUAUUACUACACCAAAGUGAUGUCUGAGCUCUUCCUGCAGACCUCUUCGGAUGGCCGUGUCUCCUUCCAGUCCAUUGGCAGCAUGGCUGACUUCUGGGUGUAUGCACAGGGCCCCCUUCUGGAUAAUCUUUACUGGACAAAGUGGUACAACAAUGAGUCCCUAGCAGCACAUGGCACCCAGUCAUACAUCUAUUAUGAGAACCUGCUGCUGGGUGUCCCACGCAUGCGACAACUGAAGGUGAAGAACAAUUCCUGUGUGGUCCAUGAUGACUUCAAGGAGGAAAUCUUAGGCUGCUAUGAUGUAUACUCAGAAGACAAGGAGGAAAGGGUGUCCUUUGGGCUCAUCAAUGGAACAGCGUGGCGGUACCAUUCUGAGGAGGAGCUGGGUGGCUCAUCUCACUGGGGAAGAUUAACCAGUUACAGUGGGGGAGGAUACUACAUAGACCUCAAGUUGACUAGAGAAAAGAGUGCUGAAGCCCUGCAAGUCUUGAAGGAGAAGUUGUGGCUGGAUCGAGGGACGCGAGUUGUCUUCAUUGAUUUCUCUGUAUAUAAUGCAAAUAUCAAUCUGUUCUGUGUUCUGAGGUUAGUGGUUGAGUUUCCAGCCACUGGUGGUGCCAUUCCCUCCUGGCAAAUCCGAACAGUCAAGCUUAUACGAUAUGUCAGCGCAUGGGACUUCUUCAUUGUUGCCUGUGAAAUUGUCUUCUGUAUCUUCAUCUUCUACUAUGUGGUGGAGGAGAUUUUGGAGCUGCGUAUCCACAAGCUUCAGUACUUCACCAGCAUCUGGAACAUCCUGGACGUGGUCGUCAUUCUGCUCUCCAUCGUUGCUAUUGGGUUUCACAUCUUUCGCACCAUUGAGGUGAACAGACUGUUGGGAGAGUUGCUGAAACAUCCCAACACCUAUGCGGACUUCGAGUUCCUGGCAUUCUGGCAGACACAGUACAACAAUAUGAAUGCAGUCAACUUAUUCUUUGCCUGGAUCAAGAUAUUCAAGUAUAUCAGCUUUAACAAAACAAUGACCCAGCUCUCCUCCACACUGGCACGUUGUGCCAAGGACAUCCUGGGCUUUGCCAUUAUGUUCUUCAUUGUUUUCUUCGCCUAUGCCCAGCUGGGUUACCUUCUUUUUGGGACACAAGUGGAAAACUUCAGUACCUUUGUUAAAUGCAUCUUCACCCAGUUUCGGAUCAUUCUUGGUGAUUUUGACUACAGUUCCAUUGACAAUGCCAACAGGGUCCUUGGGCCUAUUUAUUUCGUCACCUAUGUGUUCUUUGUUUUUUUUGUGCUCCUGAACAUGUUUCUGGCCAUCAUCAAUGACACCUACUCAGAAGUCAAGGAGGAGCUUUCCAGCCAGAAGGAUGAGCUGCAGCUCUCGGACAUCUUGAAGCAGAGCUACAACCGGACACUCAUGAGGCUGAAGCUGAAGAAGGAGCGGAUUUCUGAUGUGCAGAAAGCACUGCAGAAUGGAACGAAAGAACUGGACUUUGAGGACUUCAAGAACAGCUUGAAGGAACUGGGCCAUGCAGACCAUGAGAUCACAGCAGCCUUCUCCAGGUUUGACAAAGAUGGCAACCACAUCCUUGAUGAAGAGGAGCAACAGCAGAUGAAACAUGACCUAGAGGCGAAAAGGGUUGCUCUGAAUACAGAGAUUGAAAAUUUGGGGAAAUCCUAUGGUGACAACAACCUGGAUGAGAAUCUCACCUAUGUGGAAGCAAGGAAUAACCACGUCAAUAAGGCCAGCUGGGUCUCCAAAGAAGAGUUCCAAGUCCUCCUGCAACGUGUGCUGCAGCUGGAACAGUCCAUAAACAGUAUUGGCUCCAAGAUUGAUGCAGUGGUGAACAAGCUAGAUGUGCUGGAAAGAAACAAGCUGAAGAGGAAGGACCUGUUAGGCAAGCAGCUGGAUAAUGUUAGCAAGGAGGAUGAAGCCAGUCAGGAAGAGCUGCUUCCCCAGAACCUAGACCAGCUGGGGAAAGAAGAAGCAGAAAGCUGGGGAGUGGAACGUGUACAGGGAAACAACCUGAGUGGCAACUCUUCCCAAAAUGGGGCCUACCCCAUCUUGCCAGGUUCUCAGGUGCCCAAGAACAUCCAGCCACAGUCUGAUGUGUGCUUCUAG